AUGCCAAACGCUGCUGAUCGUGGCUUUAACGUGGAACGUCUGAAAGCUCUGGGCUCGGUUGCCACCUCCACGGGUCUCCUGUCUAAUGUCCCCUAUUCCGCCCCGGGGUCGUCGAAUGUUUUCGGCAUCGGGUCGGAACAUCCGUUCGCCAACUACUGGACCUGCGAGGGUGGAUUGCCAGAGGUGAUAUCUGUCCUUCCCGACAAGUUGCAGGCCGAUAUUCUGCUCAACCGCUACUUCGAGUGCGUCGACCCGGUCUAUCCCAUGCUGCACCGGCAGACCUUCUACGCCGACUACGAGCACUUCUGGUCUCUAUCACGGGCCGAGAAGGAUCGAUCGGAUGCCGCUUUUGUGGCGCUGAUGUUUGUAAUGCUGGCGCUGGGCACCCAGUUCGUGACGUCGACCUCGCCCAGGGAGCGGAAGCAGACGGCCGAAUUCUAUGCAUCCGCCAGCAACCAAGCGCUGCGCAUGUGUUCUUACCUGAGCACCGCUUCCAUACGGACCAUCCAGGCGAUGGUGCUCAUCACAUACUUUCUUAUCAAUGACAACCACGCCUCGGACGGAUGGGCCUUCGCGGGCAUCCUUAUGCGGCAGGCAUAUGCAAUGGGAUUACACCGGGAUCCCAAUAUCGUGGUCCCGAACGCGCCUCUUUUCGAGAAGCAACAGCGCCGCAAAGUCUGGCAGGCCGUCCUCCUCCAAGACACCUUCCUCACCGUGCUCCUCUCACUCCCGCCCAGCGCCACCCACACCGACGUCAGCGUGGAUGACCUUAUCGUGGACGGCUCGUCCAUCGCGUCCGACGACCCGACCGACACGGCCUACAUCCGCGGCUCCUGGACGCUCGCCAACCUCGUGCAGGAAACCAUCUGCAGCCCGCGCUCGCUCGACGUGCCCAUCUGCACCACCGCCCGCCACAAAUCCAAGUUGGUGGCCGACUUCCGGGCCGUCUACCGCUCCUUCCCGGACGUGUUCCGCUCGUGGGACCCGGAGGCGCUCGCGCAGCUCGCGCAGACGAACAAGCGGGUCGUGCGGCAGACGCUGUUCCUGAGUAGCAACUACUUCCACAAUCUCAUGCUGGUGCACGCGUCCGAGAGCCAGGACGUGUCCGUGAACGUGCGGGGCACACUGGAGGCGGCGCACGACGCCAUCACGACCUUCUUCGUCCUGUUUUCCCUCUUCGAGGCCGAGGCGCGAGUCUGGUGGGUGUUUAACCACCGGGCGUUUCUGGAGGCGUUGUGCAUUGGCAAUGUGUUGAGGGAGGUCGCCCGCGAGCCGGGCGCGGACGAGAGCCUGAACAAGGACCCCUUGUUCGUCAGGGCCAGGGGAGAUAUUCUUCGCAUGAUACAGAUUAUGCAGGCCAUGAGUGAGGGCGAGCAGGGCUCGCAGACGGCGAGGACGCGAGUACAGGUUCUGAGCGAGUUCUUGAGCCUAGGUCAAGGGGCGAACUUGAAUGAUGGCGCCGUAUACUAG